AUGCAUAAGCUUAUCGCUGUUCUCUUGCUCGUCAGCGGGGUUGUCAGGGCUCAAGAUAAUGUCGUUCAUCUCGACUAUGGCUCAUUCCUCGGGCAUUUUGAUGAACAGUACAAAUACACGACAUGGCAGAAAAUCCCAUACGCGGCACCACCAACGGGACAAAAUCGGUUUCGCGCCCCGCAACCUCCGGUCAAACAAAAGGGUCUCUAUGAUUCAAGGGAGAAGUUCAGCGCUUGUCCACAGGGCACGUCUGGUGGGUCCGAAGAUUGCUUGUGUCUAGGCCUCUUUGGCCGGCCAUGGGCGGAAGGUCAACCGUUGCGCCCUACCGUUGUCGUUUUCCAUGGUGGAGGCUUUGUUGGAGGAAGUGGGAGCUUUGGAACCCCGCCAACCUCCUAUCCUAUUCUCAACGUCUCAGACCCAGACAUGAUGUUUGUCUAUCCGCAUUACCGGCUUAAUGCUUUUGGAUUCCUCGCUGGUGUACAAGUGAAGAAUGACCUGACCGCAGAUUUCAACGUAGGUCUACUUGACCAAAGAGCCUGUUUGAGAUGGGUCCAACGGUACGGCCGAUCUUUUGGGGGAGACCCGAGCAACGUGACCAUCUGGGGUCAAAGUGCAGGUGGAGGUAGUGUCAUCGCGCAGAUUAUUGCGAAGCAGGAGCGCCCAUCACUAUUUCACAAAGCCGCAGCCUCGAGCCCAUUCUGGCCCAAGGUGUACCGAUGGAACAGCACACAAGCUCAAGGCAUGUACGAUGAACUCGCUAGCCUCGCCGGCUGCAUUGGACCCAAUAGUCUUGGGUGUCUAAGGAACGUUUCUGCUCGCGCCCUUCAGAACGCUAGUUUCGCCGUUCAAAACCAAAAUUUGUACACCACAUCGACGUACAACUGGGGUCCAGUUCUAGAUGAUUCCUUCCUUCCCAAGUCACUUUCACAAAGGACCGAUAGCCCUCUCAGUCAUUUAAAGACGGCAUUCACUGUGUACACGACUCACGAUGCGAAGAAGUUUAUUCCCACGGGACUUGGAAAGAUGGCUGGCGAUGCUUCUUCCUUGUUUAACUCGAGUAAUGCAAGUUUCGAUCAAUGGCUCAAGGGCUUCUUGCCAGGUCUAUCUUCGAAAGACAGACAGCAAGUCAGAACACAUUACCCGCAAGAUGGAAGCACCGAAACCAUAUCCUACUCGAAUAACUUUGAUCGCGCAAGCCUGGUUUAUCGAGACUCUGUUCUCGCUUGUCCUGCACUUUGGAUAUCAGCGUCUGCAACAAAUGAGGGGUGGCUGACAGAAUACGCUGUCUCCCCAGCAGGGCAUGCUCAAGAUGGAUGGUGGUGGAACUCUGUGACAGGAAAGCAAUAUGAUGAUGUCCUGAAGUACGAGACAUAUGUCGUGAGAUAG